CCACAAUUUUAAAUAUUCAAAAUGGGCGCAGCAGACAAUGACGCGAUCGCUGCAGUCGAGCGGCAGCUCAAAGACAUUGUGCAGACGCUAUACAACCUUAUAGUGCAGGCUUACGAUCAUCAUGGUGGCAAGACGCAAGAAGCUAUGAAGCGCGAGGUCCAGUCACUCAUUCAAAACCUCGUGAAGCUGUCACAGACGGCCCCAUCUGUUCACAUCGACAUACCUCCAGAGGUCACAAACUACGUGGAGAGCUCUCGAAACCCCGACAUCUACACUCGAGAGUUUGUCGAGCUUGUGCAACGCACGAAUCAGAUGCUGAAAGGUCGCGAAGAAGCUUACCGUCUACUGCAAGAACAAAUUGCAUGGCAGCUGUCCAAUGCCGUACCAGAGCUGAAAGAUGACGUUGUCAAGGUAGUCGAAGCUACGGGUGGUAAAGUCCCGACCUGAUCUCGU